CUGUCUGAGUGGAAAAAUACAGCAGGGAAGUGGCAUUAGAUCGGAUCUUUGUCACAGCCAAACCUUUUUUUUUCUAAUGCGUAACGUGCAGGUCAGUCCGGCAAUAAUUGGGUCAGAGGAGUUAAAGCAAACCACGGUUACUUUGUUUCUCACUUUGGCUCUGUUCAUGACAUGUUUACUGUGUAGAGCUCUUGCGGUGUAAGCGGCUGAGAGGAAUACUGAUCAGUUUUCUGGGGCUGGAAAGGGGCUCUUGGGGGCGGGAGUUUGGUGAUGGAGAGCAUGCCGAGGGAAUUUCUUAAAGGAAGCAGCCUAGACGUACCCGGGCAAGAAAAAGGUCUCAUGAAGAAGACUCAGUUGCUGGACCGCGGCCAGUGGGCGAGCAAGUUGGAGUUUCUGCUGGCUGUAGCAGGAACAUUGGUUGGCCUGGGAAACCUUUGGAGGUUCCCCUACUUGUGCUACAAAAAUGGGGGAGGUGCAUUUCUGAUUCCCUACGUCCUGUUUCUGCUUGCUUGUGGCAUCCCAAUGUUCCUCCUGGAAACAGCCAUGGGACAGUUCACAUCUCAGGGAUGUAUUACCUGCUGGAGGCACUUCUGCCCCUUGUUUGAAGGUAUUGGAUAUGCAACCCAGAUAGUGAUUGCAUAUGCUGCUGUUUCAUACAUUGUGAUCCAGGCAUGGGCUUUCUUCUACCUCUUUUCAUCCUUCAGUGCUGAGAUUCCAUGGGCUAGCUGCAGGAAUUCCUGGAAUACAGAGUCUUGUUUUGAAUUUGAUAAAGCAAAUGCGUCAUUCAACUGGACAGCAGCUGCAAACGCAACAACACAGGCAACAACACCGGCAACAGAAUUCUGGGAGAGAAGAGUACUGGGUAUAUCUCAAGGGAUUGAGGAGAUUGGUAGCCUGAGGUGGGAUUUGGCCUUGUGUCUCUUACUGGCAUGGAUCAUUUGUUACUUCUGUGUUUGGAAAGGAGUGAAGUCCACUGGAAAGGUAGUUUACUUUACGGCCACUUUUCCCUACGUGAUGUUGGUGGUUCUGUUAGCUCGUGGACUCACUUUACCAGGAGCCAUAAACGGCUUAGCUUUUUACCUGUAUCCUGACCCCACAAGGUUGGUGGACCCUCAAGUUUGGAUGGACGCGGGUGCACAAGUUCUUUUCUCCUUUGGGAUUUGUCAGGGGAGUUUGACGGCUCUGGGCAGUUACAAUAAGUAUAACAAUGAUUGUUACAAAGACACAUUUGUUCUGUGUUUGGUUAACGGAGGAUCCAGUUUUGUUGCAGGGUUUGCAAUCUUUUCUGUUCUGGGAUAUAUGUCCUACGAACAAGGACUGCCAAUAUCAGAAGUGGCAGCUUCUGGACCUGGCUUGGCAUUUAUUGCCUAUCCGCGCGCAGUAGCCAUGAUGCCUUUACCUCAAUUAUGGGCUAUAUGUUUCUUCAUCAUGGUCAUCUUGUUGGGGGCAGAUACACAGUUUGUGAGUUUGGAGUGUUUGAUGACCUCAGUGACAGAUAUGUUCCCCAAUGUGUUUCGAAGAGCUUAUCGUCGAGAAUUGCUGCUGCUCUGCCUCUGCUCUGUUUGCUUUUUUCUCGGCCUCCUCCUCGUCACCGAGGGCGGUUUGUAUUUCCUUCAACUCUUUGAUCAUUAUGUGUGUAGUGGAAACAAUCUUCUCCUUCUUUCUGUGUGUCAGUCGAUAGCGAUUGGAUGGAUAUAUGGUGCUGAUCGUCUUUAUGACAACAUUGAAGACAUGAUAGGUUAUCGUCCCUGGCCUCUAAUGAAGCAUUGCUGGCUUUACGUUACCCCUACAGUGUGUCUAGGUACUUUUGUCUUUUCAAUUGUGAGAUACAAGCCUCUCAAGUUCAACAAAACCUACGUCUAUCCGACCUGGGCGUACGCUUUGGGCUGGUUUCUUGGACUGUUCUGUGUUCUUCUGGUUCCUCUGUGGAUCAUCUUUAAAGUUACUACAAUGAAAGGGACAAUUUGGCAGAACCUCAGGCAGCUUUGCGUCCCGCAGAGCUUGACGCACAGAAAAGCAAAGCAGCCCGAGCAGUGCCCUUUAAACCCAGACAUAACUCUUACUCCUGUUGCCAACGAAUACAAGGGAAGAGGUGGAGCUGAGAUGGAGAUGCAAGUCUGAAAACCAUAACAUUUUUACAAAUUUUUCAGAUGUGAUGUUUUUAUUUUAUUUUAAACUCAAGGUUUUGUAAAGGAAAUACUGAUAAGAUCAUUAAUUCCGAAGACUUCUAGCAGGGUUCAGAGGCAUGUACUACGAAGCAGGUCGAGUUUUGAGAGACCGUGUAGACUAGUGACUAGCGAGGUAACUUUAUUCCCCGCUACAUUUUUUGUCUUGCUAGCAGCAAACAGUUUCAAAUCAUUCCAGUGUUUGGUUGCCACAAACACUGCCACAAUUUCAGCUGAUUGAUAGAAUUCAUAAUUGUAACUGUGUUGAGAUGUACUUUUAAUAAUGUGGCAAUAAUAUUGAUAAGCCUAUUAAUGUAGGCAGCUAGAAAAAUUUUUUUCUAAAUUUUCUUCUGCAUCUAUGCUGAAUCUGUCUUACACUGCCUGGUCAAAAAAGAAAAAAAGGAAGAAAGAAAAGCAACCACCCAUAUUUAACCCGUAAGCUGGUAAGAGGAUGAUGGUGAACCAUCAUCUUGGGAAAAAGGAUGAAAUUUUUUCAUCUUGGGAAAAAAAGUUUUAUGAAGCUAACAGCAUUUCCACAUUGUUAAGACAGUACAAGUUGUGUAGCCUUAGGAAAACUACUUAUCAGUGGUCAGCUGACUACCGCUGAUGUACUGAAUUGCCAUCAAUGUGUUUUUUUUUUUCUUUCAUGAUUCUGAGAAGACAAAUCGAGGAUUCAGCAACUCUGAAAGAUUAGAUUAGAUGAAACUUUAUUAAUCCCUCGGGUGGGUUCCUCCGGGAAAUUCAGUUUCCAGUAGCGCAGCACCGACAGAAGUUGCAUGUUACAGAUACAAUAAAGGGGAAUGAGAGUAAGGAUAUAAGCAUAAAUAUACCAUAUAUACACAUAUAUAAAUACAGAAUAUAUAAUAUGGAUAAAUAGGAAUACCAGUGGAUUGCACAUUUGAGUGAGUUUAUUGCACAGUGAUUAUUGCACAGUCAAGUAUAAGAAAAAAUAUUGCAAAUAUUGCACAGAGUUGUUUGUGGAACACGAGACAACAUUUUCACACAUGAAUCAGCUGACACAAUACAAGAUCUUAGUGAAAGAUUUGUGCAAUUCUUGCUUAAGAUUAUGAAACGAUACCAUGGUAAUUUGCAUUGUCAUCAAAAUUUGAAGGUAUUCUAAUAAAACAUUUGAGUCUGCUACUUGUUUUUUUGACUUGGCAGUGUAAAAUUUUUAAUGGCCUUUUUUAUUGUUGUUGUUGUUGUUGUUGAAAGUGUUACUUGCUCCCUUUGAAAGAAAUAUAUGAAUAUAAUAUUCUUGUGCCAAAAGUUCCCAUUCGAUAUGAAGGCAACUCAACACUGAGUUGACUCGCCAACAUCUCAGUUGCCUUCGUAGUGUCAUAUACCACAAACACCACUCAUGAUGAGUUUGGGUUUGUUUGGUUUUUUUAAUGACCACAGGGAAAAUUAGUUAAACUACUUCGUAGUACAGCCCUCAGGUCUCUGCAACGUGCACAAUAAGCAAUAAUUUGUCACUGUGAGGCAUAGAGCAAUAACACACUUUUGAGAUAACAAGGUUUGUGAAGUUUGCCAACACUUUUUUCAGUAAAGGAUAAAGGAUUACAGCCUGUCAGCUUGUUCAAGGAUCAGAAGAUGCAAAUUAUCACCGUCCACUAAGAUGCACUGUGACCUCAGAUUUUAACACAAUCUGAAAAAAACACAAACAGAAAAAUCAAGUUGCAGCUGAUGUGUUCAUUCAGUGAAGAAUGAUUUGGAUACAGUGAGCUCAACAUAUAUUUUAGACACUGACACGGUUUCUGUUAUUUUAGCUGUGUGGGUAGGAAGAUUUUAUGUUACGUACAGUUAUGAGUUUGAUGUAGACGUGGAUUUAGAGAUUUAAUUUGGGGGUUGAACAAAAAUAUUGCUUUAAUCAUUUACAAAUUCUUGCAAUAAUUAUAUGUUGUCCGUCAUCUUGAGGGGCUCAAUUAUAAUUGCACUAAAGCCAUUUCAUUGAUAUGUGUGUGCUUUUUCUUUUCUUUUUUUUAAUUCUAUUAAUUCUUCAUACAUCAAGCAGGUAAAUGUUUGAGGGGUGUUCAGAAGGUGGCACUUGCAUUUUAAGCUGCUGCUGAAAAUCUACAACAUGCAGUCAAAGAUGCUACCAGUGAAAAUGAAUUAGUGAUUUUUACAUUGUUAAAACAUUAGAAAGUCAUUAAAGAGACAGUGAGAACAUUAGAAGGUCAAAUUCAGAGAAAAGAGAGAAAACAGUGGUGAGGUCUGCAAGAUAGACCUACACAUGGAAGAGGAUGGUUUCUGUGGCUGAAGAAGACUAUCCAGAAGCUGGGCAUGUGAUUAUCCAAGUCUAUCAUAAAGAUAAGUGGCUGCAAAGUGCAGUGGUUUACACAUUCACUUAAUGAUUGAAAGGAUCCUGGUUUGAAUCCAGCCAGAGACAUAAAUCCCUUCAGGGUUUGUCUGGCAUGAAACUUUCCCACAUCAAACAUGCUGAGGAUCCUGCUGUGGUGAACCCUUGUCACAAUGGAGUAGCCAAAAGUAGUUUCUUCUUAUUCUUCUGUCAUAAAAAGAAGAUAAAAGCUGGUUAAAACACAUUCCUUAGCCUCAAGAAAAGAACGUUUAGAUUAGAUUUUGCCAAAAACCAUCAACAGAUAAAACUGAGCUCCUACCUUACCAGAAGGACAGGUAUAAAAAACGAUGGAAAACUCAUGAUCAGAAGAAAAUAACAAUACCUGAAAAACAAUGUGCAAAGCUAUACUUUCUGCACAGGUUCAGUGAAAUGCAGCAAAGCUGGUGGACAAUAACCUGGAGCAAUCACAGGGGUUUUGCAUAAGUACUCACCAGGCUUAUGCUUUACACUCGCUAAAGACCAACAAAAAAGUCACAAAUCAAGACAGCUGCAGUAAAGCAUCACAACGGAGGAAAAUCAGUGGUGAUAUCACUGGGUUCAGGUAACCAUUUACUGCAAGAAUUCUCAAUGAAGUAUAAAAAUAAGGAUUUUAUUUAUUAUUUAUUGUCUUCAAUUAGAUUUCAUUUCUUGAUAAAAGUGGACUAUGCAUGAAAAUGGCUCUUUAUCAGCAGUUAAUGCUGUGUUUUUGUCCAUCCCCUUAAAUUUAAGUUACAAAUCUGUAAGUCUGGGUUCAUCAUAGUAUUGUCUUUAAUAUGAUUUAAUAAUCAACUUAAAUAACAUCAAAUUAUGUCAGUGUCCAAAAAUAUUUGCAUCUAACUGUAAAAAUGAUUCUUAUUAUCUGUCUCUAGUGGCAAUCCACGUCAUAUUUUUUUUAUAUUAUUUACAUUAUUUAUGCACAUUUGUUUUUAUAUUAACCUGUAAUUUGUUGAUACAGGUUAUUACAGGAUUGUUGUUUUUUAUUACCUGUAAUUUGUUAUUAAUUUGUUAUUACAUAAGUCUAAGUGAACUUCUAAGCAACAAAUUACUUCUACAUUUUGGUUUGAUGUAUCAGCUUGUUCCCACAACACUCUCUGUAUUUGUGGAAUAUGUACAAUCACCAUGUAGUUUAUUUGAUGGAAACAUUUUUGAAGCCUUUUAAUUGCAUGCAUUAUGUACUUAACAUCAAUACCUUUCUAACAUGGCACAGAGGUUUUUUACAGGGCUUUGCAAAAACAAAAAUUAAUAAUAGUAAUAAUAAUAAUGAUAAUAAUAAUAAAUAAGUAAACUUUUGCAGUGGCGAGCUAGUUUGAUAUAGUAGCUUCCUGUCCUGCUGUUCUGGAAUACUGAUUGUGAGAAAAACAAUUUUGGUGGAUUCAUUGCAUAUUUAAAAUAAAUUUGCCACCCUGAUUGUAAAGGUAACAGUCUUCUUGUGUAUUUUAAGCCACACAGUCUGCAAAAGAUUAUUAAACCACAUAUU